AUGCUAGGUGGUCUGCACGUCGAAAUGGCACUAUGGAGUACGCUUGGUGAUUUGCUGGAUAAAUCAGGCUGGACUGCCGUUCUUAGUGAAGCUGAAGUCGCCUUAUCUGGUGUGGCGGAUUCCUUCCUUAAAGCAACGCAUUUAACAAGAACAAGGUAGGGCGAAGUGAGAACAAUAAUAGUGACUGUGAACACUCACCGGGUGGUCAUAAGAAUGAGUGAUAUCAGUAAAGCUUAAUCAUUAAGCUAUUAUUUAAUUUUUCUGCGAGUGCAAAGUUUAGUGGAGUCUGGUGUUUUGUACCAAACGAAACUUGUUUUUAAUUGUACCUAAAAUUAGAGAGUUGCUGAGAAAAACCCCUUUGUUUUAGUCACAAUUACAGCUAUUUGGGAACGGCAAUAUGAUUUCUUUUCAGGCAUGCCCAUCAAGUUACCACUCUGGCUCUGAACAAACUAGAGAGAGAGGCAUUUUCCCAGUGCUUAGAUGAGACAUCAAUGUCUACAUGGGAGGAAGUGAGGAAGAGGAGAAGCCCGAGGUUUCUUUUCUGGGACUCCAUCAUAGAGUACGAGACACUUGUGUCACUAGUUGUACGUGCACAGCGUCAGCAUAACUUCAAUUUGUAUGUCGCGGCCCUGGGAGAUCUAGUACCU